UAAGGUAUGAUUGGUGAAAAAAAUUCAAAAACCCAAUUGAUAAAUUAAAAUUGGAUGUCAGGUAGAGGAGGACAAGGAGCCCAGACAAUAGAAGACAAUACGAGACGAAGAAGAACGUCUCUUUCAUUGGGCGGGUUGAAGAUAAUUUGAACAUCUUUGAAGAUAAAUUAACGAGCUCUUGUUAGAGGAGGAGAGAGCGAGCUCAUGAGUUCGAAGAAGAUUGAGGGAUCACCUGCCCCCGCAAUUAGAAGGGACCCGUAUGAGGUAUUGUGCGUUUCAAGGGAUUCUUCUGAUCAGGAAAUUAAAACGGCAUAUAGAAAGCUUGCUCUCAAGUAUCAUCCUGACAAGAAUGUUAGCAAUCCUGAAGCCGCUGAAUUAUUUAAAGAGGUUGCAUAUUCAUAUAGUAUCUUAUCUGACCCAGAGAAGAGAAGACAAUAUGACAAUGCAGGGUUUGAGGCAAUUGACUCUGAAGGUAUGGAUAUGGAAAUAGACUUGUCAAAUCUGGGAACAGUGAACACAAUGUUUGCAGCAUUAUUCAGCAAGCUUGGUGUACCAAUCAAGACUACAAUUUCAGCCAAUGUUCUUGAAGAAGCUCUGAAUGGAACUGUUACAGUCAGGCCUCUUCCAAUUGGAACAUCAGUUAGUGGAAAGGUGGAAAAGCAAUGUGCUCACUUUUUUGGUGUGACAAUAAGUGAACAACAAGCUGAGUCAGGAAUUGUUGUGAGAGUGACUUCACCUUCACAAAGCAAAUUUAAGCUACUUUAUUUUGAGCAAGAUUCGAAUGGUGGGUAUGGUUUGGCCUUACAGGAGGAAAGUGAGAAGACAGGCAAGGUGACAUCAGCAGGGAUGUACUUCUUACACUUUCAAGUAUACAGAAUGGAUACAACUGUAAAUGGGUUAGCAAUGGCAAAGGAUCCUGAAGCUGCUUUCUUUAAACGUUUGGAAGGUCUUCAACCUUGUGAGGUUUCAGAACUAAAAGCUGGCACUCACAUAUUUGCCGUAUAUGGGGAUAAUUUUUUUAAAACUGCUACCUAUACCAUUGAGGCAAUUUGUGCGAAGGCGUGCGAGGAUACCUCACAAAAGCUUAAAGAUAUUGAGGCUCAGAUUCUGAGAAAGAGAACUGAACUACGUGAAUUUGAGACAGAAUACAGAAAGGCUUUGGCAUGCUUUCAAGAUGUGACUAAACGAUAUAGCCUGGAGAAGCAAUCUGUCGAUGAGCUACUGAAACAGCGAGACAAUAUCCACUCCACAUUCACAGUAACUAGGACGGUCAUUAACAGUAAUCUGACUUCUAACAAUUUAAGUAAUGGAAGUAGUAGCAAAGUCCCUGGAGAAGAUAUGAAAGCCGAGAGCCUAGCAGAAGAUGGUAGCUCAGACGGGAAGGAUAAAUCAGCUAGAAAGAAAUGGUUCAACUUGAACCUAAAAGGGUCUGAGAAAAGGCUAUAGUUUGAUUCAAACCAUAAUUUUUUUUUUCUUUUUGACUAUUUUUGUAUUAAAAUUGAGACGUUUAAUCUUGCUUGCUGCAGAUAGUAUGGCCACCAAGCUUGGCAGCCUGCAAAAAAAGCUUUCCUUGUAUUAUUUGUUCCAUUUUUUGCCUUAUUUGGUCAACUGGGUUUCUUCUUUUUGUUAUGGCAUUUUACAUUAGGUUACACAAUAUCCCCAGUUUGAAGUUAUUUGUAUGUACAUCUUCAUCCUUGUUUUUAUCAACUGUGUUUCACCCA